GGUUGAAGUGGGUGGUGUGUGUUGUGGAGAUUUAUUUUUCUGAUUUGUAUAUUUCAGAGUGCCUUGGCAUUAUUUAUUCCGUUAAAUUGUAUUUAUUGCAGUUCGUUAAAACAUGGAUUUAAAUAUUGUUUUAUCAAAGGUGGAGAGUAGAAUUAGCAAUGAAGAAGAAAUUGAAAGUGUCUUGCGGGAAUACAACAGAGAGAACAGUCGAACAUUCAGUUUUGACCUAAAAGAAGAAGAAAAGCGAAAGAAACUUUGCGAGGAACUGAUCAGAAUCUUAGGGAAGGAUGUGCAGGCUUCUUGCCAAACCAUGUGCCUGGAGACAUUGCGUAUUCUUUCACGGGACAAGAAAGUACUGGGACCUGUGGCAACCAAACAAGGCAUGUUAGUCUUGGCUCAGUUGGCCGCUCUUCAAGUCACAGGAGAAUCGGUUCCAGAGAUUUUAGAGGUGGGGCUGGUGGUCGAGGCGUUGAAAUGCCUCUGUAACGUGAUUUUCAACAGUGUGGCAGCACAGCAGCUGAGUGCUGAGAUCAAUCUUGCUUUGGGGCUGUGUGCCCGCCUGAGGAUGUACACAGGCCAGGGACUAAGUCAUGAGGUAGCACUGUUCUCACUGCGCCUCCUUUUCCUGCUGUCAGCACUGCGUACAGAUGUGCGAUCAUGCUUGAGGCAAGAGCUGAAGGCAGUAGACCUAUUGAUUGAAAUCUUGGAGCACAUCCUCAGUAUAAAGUGGGUAGGGAAAUACGAAGUUGCAGUAGAUCUGGAGGCUCCACCCUUACCCCUAGAAGACAACGAGCGUGCAAUGGAGGCUCUGAAAACUCUCUUUAACCUCACUCUGUCAGAUUUCAAUGAUGAGGACGGUGCCCACCAGCUUCGCCUCAUCACUGCCAUCAUGCGCCAUGUUUUGAUGAUAAAGACUCAGACGGAGGACAAAACAGAGGAAUUGCACAGCCACGCCAUCAAUCUGCUAAGCAACAUUCCUGUUUUGUUCCUGGACGUGAUGAUCAGUGUUCAAAGCCAGGGAGGAAUCGAGGAAUACAGUGGGAAGAACAUGGAUGUCAUCCAGAUCUUAUUGGAUUUUAUGGUAAAGAGGAUAGACAAGGGCUCCAAUUUUAAGGAAGGACUUACCCCCGUGUUUAGCCUAAUGACCGAAAGCUCCAGACAUCACAGAGAUAUCAGGAAAUACAUUAAAGCUCAGGUUCUGCCUCCACUAAAAGAUGUAAAGAACCGUCCGGAAGUGGGAACAACUAUCCGAAACAAACUUGUGCGUCUCAUGACACACGUGGACACUGGCGUGAAGCAAAGUGCUGCUGAAUUCCUCUUUGUGCUCUGCAAAGAAAGUGUUGACAACUUGUUAAAGUACACUGGCUAUGGCAAUGCAGCGGGGCUCCUGGCUGCUCGAGGGCUGUUGGCAGGAGGAAGAGGAGGAGGCCAGUACUCCGAAGAUGAAGAUUCAGAUACAGAGGAGUACAAAUCAUUAAAACCUUUUAUUAAUCCUAUCACUGGCCAUGUUGAAGAACCAAUGCCAAACCCCAUUGAGGAAAUGACUGAAGAACAGAAAGAAUAUGAAGCCCUCAAACUAGUCAACAUGUUUGAUCAGCUUUCCAGACAACAUAAUGAAUUACGCGUGUCAAUAUGGGCCCACUGUACAGCAAAGGAGAUAAAGAGAUUCUCGAACAACAGCAGAAGGUGUUUUUUCUUUUAUUUGGAGUAGUGAUCAAGCUAAAUGGCAGCGUGUAGUUAAGGCUCGUAUAGCUGGUUCUGAAGUAACUCUCGGGUGACCUGCAAGUGGAGACAGGAAUGCACUUUACCAACUCCUUAAUUGUGACUCCAUUCCAGCUGAGGGUCCUUCAGCAGACUGCCUUGUUUGUGAUGGGAUCAUUUCUAAUACAAAUUGGAACAGGAUGUUAUAUUGGGUGUCACUGUGCAAAAUGAAUACAGACAUGUUGUUCUUCUAUUUAAGAGAUCUGUCAUCAGUUUGCUUACUAUGCAGAUCACUGUAUGUGAGAAUUUAAUGACUAUUAUUGUAGUGAAACUCUAUUAGAAAACACUUAGCAGUUAUAGUGAAUUGAUGAAAGACUAAUUUACCAUAAACACCUACAGUGUUAAAAAUAUUUAUUUUAUAUAACUUUCCAAUAUAAAUGUCUCGGUUUCUUUGAUGUAUAAUACAGCGUAUUAAAUACACAUGACUGGCGGAGCAAAUGUUACAAACUAUUGUGGAACAUUUUGCAAAGUAUUCAGAGUUGCUGUUUUCUCCCAAAAAGUGUCUGAAUAUGCAAUCACAGAAAAUAGACAUUUCACAUUAGAAGUAAUAGAUUAAGUAAAACAAUAAAACACUGAUAAACUGUAUUGAAAAUGUGGUCCAGAUAAACCUUGAAUAUAUAUUUGCUGUUUCAUAUAUAUAUAUUUUAGCUCAAAGAGCCAGCUGCCCUACAUACAUACAUACAUACAUACAUACAUACAUACAUACAUACAUACAUACAUACAUACAUACAUACAUACAUACAUACAGUGGUUUGUAGAAGUAUUCACCCCCUACCAAUAAUGUCACAUUUUGUUGAAUUACAAAUAAUGUGUGCACAGUUUUUCAAACAAACUUUUUUUUAUUCAAAGCUGUAGUGGUUAAACUGAACACUGUUAUAUGAGGAGGAGGUUAAAGCAAAACUUGCAAAGAAAAUGUACAAAAUGAAAUGUACUGGUUGCAUAAGUAUUCAGCCCCUUAAGUCAGUACUUGGUAGAAGCACCUUUUGCAGCAAUUACUGCUAUGAGUCUUUUUGGAUAGGUCUCUACUAGCUUUGCACAGUAGGAUGGUGAAAUUUUUGCCCAUUCUUCACAGGAAAAUUGCUGCAGUUCUGAUAAGUUUGUUGGGGAUCGCCGAUGAACUGCAAUCUUCUCGCCAUAAAUUUUCGAUUGGAUUCAAGUCAGGGCUUUGACUGGGCCACUCAAGAACAUUAAUUCUCUUCUUGUUCAACCACUCCAGUGUGGCUUUGGCUUUGUGCUUCGGGUCAUUGUCCUGCUGAAAUAUGAAUUUCCUCCCCAGUUUCAGAGUCGUGGCUGAACAGGUUUUCCUCAUGGAUUUGCCUGUACUUUGCACCAUCCAUUCUCCCCUCUGUCCUGACAAGCUUCCCAGUCCCUGCUGAAGAGAAGCAUCCCCGUAACAUGAUGCUGCCACCACCAUGCUUGGCAGUUGGGAUGGUGUUGAUUGGGUGAUGUGCAGUGUUGGGCUUGCGCCAGACGUAACGCUUGGAAUUUAACCAAAAAGUUAAAUUUUUGUCUCGUCUGACCACAAAACCUUUUUCCUCAUGUCUGCGGUAUCAUCUACGUGCUUUUUUGCAAACUCCAUACAUGCUUUAAAAUGAGGCUUUUUGAGUAAUGGCUGCUUUCUUGCCACUCGUCAAUAUAUGGCCAGCUUUGUGUAGGGACUGGCUUAUUGUUGAUUUGUGAACACUGACUCCUAUUUCCGACACAGAACUUUGCAGAUCUCUCAAGGUCAUUGUUGGCUUCAGAGUGACAUCCCGAACCAGUUUGCUGCUUGCCCGGCUGCUCAGUUUGGGAGGGUGAUCUGAUCUGGGUAGUGUCUGGGUGGUAUGAUGCAUCUUCCACUUCUUAAUGAUGGACUUCACUGUGCUGAGAGGGAUAAUCAGCGCCUUUUGAAAUUUUCUUGUACCCUUCUCUUAAGUGGUGCCUCUCUACCACUUUAUCCCUGACUUGUUUCGAAAGCUCCUUGGUCUUCAUGGUUGCUUUGCUGGAUCACUAUGUGAGUUGCAGCUUGAAAGUCUUUAUAUACCUGAGGGAAAUUGUCUACAAGUUAAACCACUUUGAGUACACAAGACUGAAAUCAUUUCACUAAUUUUCACUAAUAAUUUGCACCUGAGCUGAUUUAGGGCUGCAGUAGCAAAGGGGUUGAAUACUUAUGCAACUGAGAUUAAUCUGUUUUUCUCUGUAAAUCUUACUUAUUUAUAUUCUAUAUGCAUUUUUUAACUUUAUUAAUGUGGAGUAGUUUGUGUAGAUUCUACAUGUAAAGUCUAAUUUGAAAGUGUCGUGGAGUACGCUCAGGUGCUAGCAAAAUGUGAAAACUUUGCAGGGGGGUGAAUACUUCUACAAACCA